AAAAGAAAAGAAAAGAAAAGAAAAGAAAAGGCAGGACACGGAGCCGAGGUUGACGCAGCUCAGUCCCAGUCCCCUCCUCCCCGCUUCACGUUGGCGCUCACGCAAACUUCGCUGAGUCUUUUGACAGGUCUUGACAUCUCUCCUCCGCGAGGAAACAGGGAGACUCAGAGCAAGUCGAGACAUCUCCCUCGCACCUCCCGUGAGUGCAAGCCCAGCCAGAUUUGCCGACCGACCGGCCCAAACGAAGAUGUUUUAUAAGGGCAAGCCCGGGCACUGCCCCACCCCUCCCGGUGACACGAACUCAAAGUGGCCCGUUUCCACCGAGUCCCCCCACUUCCCUUCCUGCAAAACACUUGCAAACUUCGCUGCUGAUUGUGGACCAAGAACUGUAUGUAACCAGACCUCUCUGCUCCCUUAAGGGACAGUCGUGACUGGGCAUCGAGAAGUCAGACUCUCGAAAAUACCAACAAAGAACUAUAUUUAGCUCUGAGCUCUCCGCCUAAAUUCCUCUUAUUUUUUCACUCGGAGCUUCAAAACGACUAGGUUGGGGAAGUGGGAGGAAGGGGGCGGGGGAGCAGCAGAGAAAGAACAGCUGUGCCUCCGCCUCUCAACUCAAUCUCUAUAAAUAACCAAUCACUAGCCUAGACUACUUUUUAGCCAAUGAAUCAACCCAAACUGGUAAAACCGUGGCGGCGGCCAAUGGAGGAACAGCUAGGGGUGUGAGAUUUGCGCCCCGGAACCAAUGGGUCCCGAGUCUGGAAGAGGUAAUUUGAGCUGGAGUGUGGGUGUGUGGUGCAAAAGCUUCCUAUUUCUAAGCCCGAAAACCUGUUCUGCCCACUGAGCAUGCCCUGACUAGCCGCGGGCGCCACCACGACUUUGGGGAUUGGGUUUCGGUCCUACCUCCGGGUUUCCGCCCCAACCGAGGGGGAACUUGGGUGGGACCCGCCAAAACCUAGCCGGCUAGGGUUAGGGUCGCGAGAGGCGUGUCCUUUCCCAGUCGGGACAGUAUUUCCAGCCUAGAGUUCCUGUUUUCUUUGUCCAGGAGAUAAAGCCCAGGAGGAGUGGCCAGAUGAAGGCCGAGUAGCGCUUCAGAGGAGAGUUUAGAAAAAGCUGCACCUUGGGUGGAGGAAAAUGCUCCGCCCUUUGCUCUCGUACCCAAAUGUCCUUUGGGUUUCCGGCCCUGAGACGCACACCCUCUGGGGUCUCGGAGAGUGCAUGCCACGAGCUUUUGAUAACGGGAGUGAACAAGAGCUCAGAACACCCCAUUCCCGAAGCGGCCCACCGCGCCCACACGCCUCUCGCAUAGCCGCCGCCCGUGUGCACGCACCUACCCUCCCACACUUUCGUCUUCUCACCUGAGCUUUCCCAGCACCCCCUCCAAUGCCUACACACUCCCACACAUUUCUCAUCCAGCUCCAGCACCCGAGCCUCGCCAUCCGCUCCACCAGACUCAAACCGCUAGCCCCGCCCACGACUCCGCCCCCGCCCGGCCCUCAGGAAAACCAGGAAAGGCGGAUCAGGCUGGCGCGGCCGCUGGUGCACUGGGCAUGCUCGCCGGGGCGGGGAGGGCCGGGCUGCGCGCGGCGAGUAGGAAGCCCUCACCCGCGGAGGCUGCGGGAGAGAGCGCGAUGGGCCGUGGCGGUGGGCGCACGCUCUACGGGGACUCAUGCCACGCGCGUCCCUGUCCGGCGCGCAAUUAGCAGCCACCUCCGCAGCCCGCUGCCACCGCCUCUUCGUCCUCCCGGGCGGCCGCGGCGAGGAACUGCAACCAUCGCCUCGCACAGGCUGCCGGCAUUGUCCUCCCGGUCCGCGGCCAAGGCAGCCGCUGCCGCCGCGGGCUGCUGCGGGGCCCCGGACCCGCGCCCCAGGGACGCGCCGCCGCCUUUGCUGGCCGGCCCCCGACCGCCGUUCGGUGAAUUCUGA